AUGCUGGAUGCAACAGGCUGGAUGCUGGAUGCAACAGGCUGGAUGCUGGAUGCAACAGGCUGGAUGCUGGAUGCAACAGGCUGGAUGCUGGAUGCAACAGGCUGGAUGCUGGAUGCAACAGGCAGGAUGCUGCAUGCAUCACCAAGAUUCAACAUCAUCAAAGAGAUCAACAUCAUCAAGGAGAUCGGCCGGGGGAGGUAUGGCAAGGUGUUGCUGGUCACCCGUCGCUGCAGGGGAACACUGAUGGCUUUGAAGGUGAUGCCAAAAGCCUCCACCAAGCUCCAGGGAUUCCUGCGGGAGUACUGCAUCUCCUUGCACCUGUCCUGCCACCACUGCAUUGUGGGUCUCUUCGGAAUCGCCUUCCAAUCCAAUGAGCACUAUUGCUUUGCCCAGGAGCUUGUUAUUGGGAGGGACCUUUUUGCCGUCAUCCAACCGAAACUAGGUAUCACAGAGUGUGCAGUGAAGCGCUGUGUCCUGCAGAUCACCUGUGCCCUGGAGUUAAUCCACGAGCACAGCCUGGUCCACCACGGCAUCAAGCCGAAGAACAUCCUGCUGCUGGACAGCCACUGCUGCCGGGUCAAGCUGGCCAACUUCGGCAUGGCCCAGACGAGAGGCACACUGAUCCGCUUCAUUUCCGACACGCUGCCAUACAUGGCCACGGAGCUGUGUGCCGUAGCCCUGGAGGAUGGCCAGAAAGAGGUGCGGGUGCCCCCACUCAACGUGGAGACAAGCCUGGACACCUGGGCUUUCAGAGUGGUCAUCUUCUGCAUCCUCACUAUCUACUUCCCCUGGGAGCGCUGCGUGGCCUCAGACGACUUCUACCAGGAGUUUGCUGAUUGA